CUGUGUCGUUCAGACGAAACACGGUCACGGUCAGUGACCUCAACAUGGACUAUUUCAGUUACCUGACUAAUUGCAUCACGUGAUCAACCUGUUUGAACUCAGUUGUCACAGCUGGCUUACUCAUUCAGUCACUGGCGUAGCUAUAUAACUCCUGGUGUGGCGCAUUGGUAUCAUAAUCUAGCAAACUCGGUGUGCCCUAAACAUUGUCGCGACGUAACCAUGCCGACCUACAAGUUAUACUAUUUUAACAGUCGAGCUCUUGCAGAGCAGAGUCGAAUGAUAUUUGCGUUAGCCGGCGUCGAGUACGAAGACAUCCGAUACACGCGAGAGGAAUGGCCAGCAGCCAAAGAGUCGGGAAAGUUUCCAUUUGGCACGGUCCCGUGUCUAGAAGUGGACGGAGUGAUGUUGGCCCAGUCAAGCGCUAUUGCCUGUUACUUGGGCAACGAAUUUGGAUUUUCUGGGAAAAAUAACUUGGAGAAAGCCAAAGUUGACAUGAUUAUGGAUGCCUUCGGGGAUUUACUCAAAGUGGCAGGCAAAUGGUAUUUUGCAGCAGAUGAAGAUGCUAAGGCUGCCGCUGUCGAGGAGUACAACACUAAAACUUGCCCAGCAAUUUAUGGUGGAUUAGAGAAAAUUCUCGUCGCAAACAAUGGAGGAGAUGGAUACUACGUGGGAAAUGAGGUGACUAUAGCAGACAUUGCUUUUGUCGUGACGUGGGAGAUGACAAAGAUGUUGAAUCCCCAAAUGUUGGACAGCUAUCCAAAACAGAAGGCUUUGAAGGAUCGAGUAUUAGCAUUGCCAAAGAUUGCAGAGUGGGUGAAGAAGAGACCAGAAACUGAACAUUAACUGUGUUUGACUGCAUAUCGUUAAGGGAUCGUAGUGAUGUCUUUGCAUUAAAGAUCAAACAUAUCCAUAGUCUGGCAUUCGUAUUCGCAAGUAAUGAAUUUUGACGCUAUUAAAGAAGAGCAAUGAUUCAAUAAU